GCAGCCAGCUCAGCUCAGCUCAGAGAGCUGGUUUCACCAAUACCUCUGAAGGCGCAACAGCAUCUCACUCUGCAAGGGAAGUGUGAAAGGUCAGAUGCAGUUCACGCUCUCAUGCUGCUAGAACCCAGUGAAAGCAGAAGUUGCCAGGGCAGAGGAGUCAACCAUUCUGUGUGCAAACCACCGUAGGUGUUUGCAAGCUAGACCACUUGCGGUUAUCCCCUCUCUCUCCUGCCCCAGCUGCUGCCCUGCAGGGCCUCCACACAAUCACAGGACCUGCAGCUGAACGAAGCUGGAGACAACUCAGGAGAUCUGUUGGAAAGAGAAUGAUAGAGGAAAAUGUAUGAAUGUUGCCAUCUUUAGGACAGGCCCCAUGCUGCUCUGGAUGGCUGUGCUGCUCUUUGUUCCCUGUGUUGGGAAAACUGCCUGGCUGUACCUCCAAGCCUGGCCAAACCCUGUGUUUGAAGGAGAUGCCCUGACUCUGCAGUGUCAGGGGUGGAAGAAUAUACCACUGUCUCAGGUGAAGUUCUACAGAGAUGGAAAAUUCCUUCAUUUCUCUAAGGAGAGCCAGACUCUGUCCAUGGGAGCAGCAACAGUGCAGAGCCGUGGCCAGUACAGCUGCACUGGGCAGGUGAUGUAUAUUCCACAGAUAUUCACACCAACUUCAGAGACUGCCAUGGUUCAAGUCCAAGAGCUGUUCCCACCUCCUGUGCUGAGUGCUGCCCCCUCUCCUGAGCCCCGAGAGGGUAGCCUGGUGACCCUGAGAUGUCAGACAAAGCUGCAUCCCCUGAGGUCAGCCUUGAGGCUCCUUUUCUCCUUCUACAAGGACAGCCACACCUUGCAGGACAGGGGCCCUCACCCAGAACUCUGCGUCCCAGGAGUCAAGGAGGGAGACUCUGGGCUUUACUGGUGUGAGGUGGCCACCGAGGGUGGCCAGGUCCAGAAGCAGAGCCCCCAGCUGGAGGUCAGAGUGCAGGCUCCUGUGUCCCGUCCUGUGCUCACUCUGCACCACGGACCCACUGACCCUGCUGUGGGGGACAUGGUGCAGCUCCUCUGUGAGGCCCAGAGGGGCUCCCCUCCAGUCCUGUACUUGUUCUACCUUGAUGAGAAGAUUGUGGGGAACCACUCAGCUCCCUGUGGUGGAAACGCCUCCCUCCUCUUCCCAGUGAAGUCAGAGCAGGAUGCUGGGAACUACUCCUGCGAGGCUGAGAACGGUGUCUCCAGAGAGAGGAGUGAGCCCAAGAAGCUCUUUCUGAAGGGUUCUCAAGUCUUGUCCACUCCCACCAGCAGCAACUGGCUGGUUCCUUGGCUGCCUGCGAGCCUGCUUGGCAUGAUGGUCAUUGCUGCUGCACUUCUGGUUUAUUUGAGACCCUGCGGAAAAGCUGGGCCCCUUCCAUCCCAGAUACCUCCCCCAGCUCCAGGUGGAGAGCAGUGCCCACUAUAUGCCAAUGUGCAUCACCAGAAAGAGAAAGAUGAAGGUGUUGUCUACUCUGUGGUGCAUAGAACCUCAAAGAGGAGUGAAGCCAGGCCUGCUGAGUUUGCCGCGGAGAGAAAGGACAGUUCUACCAUCUAUGCAGAGGUGAGAUGCCUGCAGCCCAGUGAGGUUUCAUCCAAGGAGGUGAAUAUAAGAAACACCCUCCAAGAAUCCCUUGGUGACUGUGAGGAAGUUCUCUGCUAGUGACGGUGUUCUCCUAUCAACACACGCCCACCCCCAGUCUCCAGUGCUCCUCAGGGGGACAGCGGGCUCCUCGACUCUUUCUGGGGCUCCUUCAAUUCCCAAACCCAGCAUCACAGAGCCCCUGAGCCCUUGUCCUGGUCAGGAGCACCUGAAUCCUGGGUUCCCCUCUUAGCAGAAGACCAACCAAUGGAAUGGGAGGGGAGAUACCCCCACCAACACACACACUUAGGGUCAGUCAGUGACACUGGACACAGAAGCCACAGAAAUUUUAUUUCCAUACAAGCAUGUUACCUCCCCCCGAUAUAUAUAUAUCUCAUCCUUCAGGAAGUAUCCAGAAGGAGGCCUUGUUAUCAUAGGAGAUGACAGCUCCAUGUGUGUUGUUGUCCCCGAAGACCUUCCAGUGAGACAAGAUGAUGUGGUGGAAGACAGUAAUAUUGAUGAUCCGGACCCUAUGUAGACCUAGGUUAA